UCCAGCUCCAGCUCCAGCUCCAGCGCGGUUCAAGGAGGGACUCUGGGAGAGAGGGGAGGGGAGACUUGACGCGUCGGAGUGAGUGAGAGCACACGGAGGCUUCACUUUUCCGACAUGCAACCUGCGAGACGCCACGCCGUCAGCUACUUGUGCUACUGACACCAAGAGCGAGACAAGAGAGGCUGAGGGAUGGAGACACAGUAGUGGCGGUGCCGCACAGAGCAGCUCAGGCACAACACACCGCGGCGCAGCUCGUGUAUGAAUGUGGCGCGACACAAAAGAGAGAGAGAGAGCGGCAUCUUUGCGCACAAGUCAGACGGAUAUUUUUGUGCCGGGAGCGUCGCCGCGACUCGACAGUGAUGUCUGUGUGCAGAAUUUUGUUUAGUGAGAAAAUACGGAUUAAUCAGAGGCUGUGAAUUCCUCGGAGAUAUUACAGCUGUGUGGACAGAUUGGGAAGCCAGGCAGGUGCAAAUCGGAUUCCAUACAUUUGUGAUUGAAUGUGAGACUACUUUGACCCUACAAAAUUGAAGAUGAUGUUGCUAUGGAAACUGCUGGUGCUGCAGUCACUUAUGGGGUGCCUUGCAGAGAGCAGUGUCCUGCAGAGUCCUGUCUUCACCAAGCAGCCCGGCAGCAUCGUGUAUCCUGUGGAAACCCUGGAGAGGAACAGGGAGGUGGUGUUCAGCUGCGAAGCCAAGGGAAGCCCACCCCCCAUCUACCGGUGGAAACUGAAUGGCACGGAAAUCAGUCCCAAAUCUGGAUCUCACUACAGCCUUUCUGGCGGCAAUCUUAGAAUCAGCCAUCUGAACAAAGACCAAGAUGCUGGAACGUAUCAAUGCCUCGCCUCCAACUCUUUCGGGACCAUUGUCAGCCGAGAGGCCAGUCUAACCUUUGCAUACUUGGAAAACUUCAAGACUCACAGAAGAGGCUCUGUAUCCGUCCGUGAAGGUCAAGGAGUGGUUCUGCUGUGCGGCCCUCCACCACAUUCUGGAGAUCUUAUAUUUUCCUGGAUCUUUAAUGAAUACCCAACGUUUGUGAAGCAGGACACUCGUCGCUUCAUCUCACAGGAGACAGGCAAUCUGUACAUCGCCAAAGUGGAGCCCUCAGAUGUCGGCAACUACACCUGCGUGGUGACCAACACCGUCACAAAGACCCGAGUCCAGGGUCCGCCCGCUCCACUGGUGCUCCGCAGUGAUGGUGUGAUGGGUGAAUAUGAGCCAAAGAUUGAAGUUCAGUUUCCAGAGGUUGUUCAUGUUGCCAAAGGAUCCACUGUAAAGCUGGAAUGCUUCGCCCUGGGAAACCCAGUGCCCUCUAUAACCUGGAGGAAAGUGGACGGCGUGCCCUUCCCCAGGAAAGUGGACACGAGGAAAGCCAGCGGUGUCCUGGAAAUCCCAUAUUUCCAGCAGGAGGACGCCGGCAUGUACGAGUGUGUGGCCGAGAACUCGAGGGGAAUGAACACCGUGAAAGGAAAGCUCUCGUUCUACGCCCCUCCUCAUCUCAUUGAGAAACCCCAAGAUGUGCAGAAGCUCAUUGACGACUCGCUGGUGUGGGAGUGUAAAGCCACGGGGAAGCCGAAGCCGUCUUACAGGUGGAUGAAAAAUGGAGAGAACCUGGAGUCUGCUGAGGAGCGCGUACAGGUUGCCAAUGGGGCGUUGUCAAUCAGUCGCCUGACCCUGUCCGACAUGGGAAUGUACCAGUGUGUGGCCGGGAAUAAGCAUGGCGAGGUCUACUCCAACGCAGAGCUGCGAGUUAUAGCUGUUGCCCCAGAUUUCUCUCACAAUCAACUGAGGAGCCAGACGCUGGUGAAGGUGGGAGGAGAUGUGCUCAUCGAGUGCAAGCCCAAGAUGUCUCCUUGGGGUGUGAUCUCUUGGCGGAAGGGCAGCGAACCACUCCGAGAAAGUAACAGGGUCUCGAUUCUCAACAACGGGAACCUUCGGAUAUGGAAUGCAACCAAAUCCGACGCAGGUCUCUACACCUGUGUGGCAAGAAACCAGUUUGGCGUGGCGAGCAGCACAGGAAGUGUCACAGUUAAAGAGCCGACCAUCAUCACCACCCUGCCGUCCACGCUGGACGUCACUGUGGGGGAGAGUGUGGUCCUGCCCUGUCAAGUGAGCCACGACCCGUCUCUGGAGCUCAAGUUCACCUGGUUCUUCAACGAGCAGCUCAUCCACUUCGGGAGCCACGGGGGAUUUUUUGAAAAAGUGGGGGGUCAGCAUUCGGCAGGAGACAUUAUGAUUCGAAACAUCCAGCUGAGGCAUGCUGGGAAGUACACGUGCGCCGUGCAAACGAAGGUGGACAGCAUUUCCAUCGCUGUUGACUUGGUCGUCAGAGGUCCCCCGGGGCCCCCCACCAGCAUCCAUGUAGAAGAAAUCACUGAUACCACAGCCUCUCUGUCCUGGAGGCCUGGUCCUGAUAAUCACAGUCCAAUUACAGCAUAUACCAUCCAGGCCAGGACACCAUUUUCCCUCGGGUGGCAGGCUGUCACCACAGUUCCUGACGUGGUGGGGGGCCACCGGCUGACAGCUACAGUAAUAGACCUGAGCCCUUGGGUGGAAUAUGAGUUUCGAGUCCUGGCAAGCAACACCAUCGGGACUGGCGAGCCCAGCAAGCCAUCCAAACAAGCAAGGACAAAGGGGACCUCUCCGAAGGUCACACCAGCUAAUGUGAGUGGAGGCGGUGGCAGUCGUUCAGAAUUAGUCAUCACAUGGGAGCCUGUUCCAGAGGAGCUGCAGAAUGGGCCGGGUUUCGGCUACGUCGUGGCUUUUCGACCCCGCGGUGCCACAGGGUGGAUGCAGGCUGCCGUGCCAUCCGCCGAGACGUCCAGAUACGUCUUUAAAAAUGAGAGCAUCCAGCCUUUCUCGCCUUUCCACGUGAAGGUCGGAGUUUACAACAACGAGGGGGAAGGGCCGUUUGGACCUGUUACUACUAUCUACUCUGCUGAGGAAGAGCCUGGCCGAGCGCCCACCAGGGUUCGUGCCAAGAGCCUCUCUGCAUCCGAGAUUGAAGUUUCAUGGAAAGCUCUGCCCUGGAAUGCCAGCAAGAAGAGAGUGCUGGGCUAUGAGCUGAGGUACUGGAGUAGAAGUGAAAGGGAAGACACAGCCAGCGUGCAAAGGACUGUGGGAAAUCAAACAUCUACUAUUAUCCAUGGGGUGAAAGGCAGCACCACAUAUUACAUCUCAGUGAGGGCGUAUAACACUGCAGGGACAGGGCCUCCCAGCACCACUGUCAAUGUUACCACCAAGAAACCACCACCCAGUCAGCCACCAGUUAAAGUGAUGUGGAACACAUCAAACUCCAAGAUUAUACUGAACUGGGAGCAGGUCAAAGCCCUGGAGAAUGAGUCAGAGGUCACCGGUUAUAAAGUACUCUACAAGAAGAACCGACACAGCCGCCCCAAUGUCAUGGAAACCAACACCACCUCUGUGGAGCUAGCGCUGCCCACUGAUGAGGAUUAUAUUAUCCAGAUAAAGCCAUUUGGAGAGGGAGGGGAAGGCAGCAGUAGCAGACAGAUCACCAUCCCAAGGAUACCAGGCCCCAACGCAGUUGGCUCAGCAUCCAAGGUCUCAACUCUAUCAGCACUCAGUACAAUAGCACUGUCUUUCACAGCGCGGACAUCUUUAUGACAAACAGCUCUCAGCAGACAUUGCAUCUGAUGCGGAGACAGCUCUACGGUGGAACGCAAACACAGCCCACUCUGGUGUAACUAGAUCCAUUCAUUUAGAUUUUAGAGGCAGAAGGAAGAAGCUGACAAAAAAAGCUGACAAAAAAAAUAAAAAAUAUGCCAUUGAGAUAUCAGGGAAGGAGUCCCCUUCAGCACCCAGGCUAAGAAAAGGAGAUUGACCGAUGUCGUGACUAUGUUGUUACCAAAGCAGCUUUCAUAAGAAAAAAAGUAAAGAGAAAAAUGUCUUAUAUGCAUCUUUUUGUAUGACAUGUUGAGCUUUUAUAGAUUUUGUUUUCUUAAUAAAUUGAAAGUCAGUCUGGGCUUAUUGGGGUGAGAACAAUUAGGUGCAUGGCAAAUAAAAUCAUCAAAUUUUCCAGUCUGGAGGUUUAAGAAUGUGAUUUGACAGCGUACCUUUUGUCUUCUUAAAUAGGUUAAGACUUGGGCUGUAAAAGACCAGAGAAGUUUCUUUUUCUUACAGUGGAUGAAUUAUUAUCUGUUACUCGUUGCAUCUUCACAUUUCUGUUUGUGCAAUAUUUCAACAAUAUUUCACACAAAAGACUGCAUCGACAUGUUGAGUGUUUUUCAUUAUUGGUCAUCUGAUGUCAAGAGAGGAUUAGCAUCGAAAAUCAUGUCUCUAGACACCACAUGCUAAUGCCUUAUGAUACUAGUAAAGUUUUAAAGGAGCUAUUUGUAAGUUUUGCCAGUGUUAGCAUUAACAACUGUUUUCUUAACAGGCUAGAAGUUGUUGUGAGUUCAGCAUCAAACUUCCUUGCUGAGAACCAUCUCCAAUGGUGGAAAGCAACGCUAAUGUUAACUCUUGCCUUGCUUAUAUUUAUAUCACUUUUAUUCCUCCACUGAAGUUAGCAUGCCAACAAGCUUGCCCAGCGCCAACCAGACUGUGUCAUCACUUUCCGAAUCACUGUAGCGUCCAGUCUGCCCUGAGGAGGCAGCGCUCCUCUUGUAAACGCAACAAUGGCUGAAGCUCUUAACAAGCGACCAUCUGGUGGUAAAACUUACAAAUAGCCCAUUUAACAUCUGUGAGCUAGGUGAAGUUAGCUAGCAAAAGUGGAUUCAAGAUGGAUCAACCUAAGUUAGCUAUAAUGAGUUUUUUUUUUUUUUUUUUUUUAAGAAAUGAAUCUACAGAAAAUGAAGAAUAAAAAACUAUCAACUUUGUUGGUUUCCUCCUCUGUCAGAUAUUGCUAAUGCUAACUGCUAACUAAUUACAAAAAGGUCAAAAUAAGUCUAAAUACUCACAUAUGAUAUACACUGAAAGAGUCCUCUGGCCCUUUGUAGCACAACUACAAAAGGAGACAAAAUCCAGUCUUUGUGUAAACAGGCCUUUUAAAGUUCAGCUUAAGCUAACAUGGGGCGUUAUCUGUCUAGUUAACUAAUUAAAUUGCUAUCUCCCAAAGUUCAUUGUUUUUGUAGAAGGAUUCGUAAUGGUACAGGUAAUUUUGUUAUAAGGACAUCAAUAACAAACCCACAGACUACAACUCAAACAAAGAUACUCCCUUGAUUUGCUAACUGAUGAAUGCUAAAGCUUUGUAUAAGCUCUUGCAAAGCUCUAGAAUUCAAUUUUCACAUUAAGGAGGGCUGUUCAUUACAUUAUAAUAGGACUCAGAAGGAAUCACUUCAUAGCCAGUAUGGACAGACUGAUAACAGCGACCGAUAACUCUUUGAUCAAACCUAUGACACAUGAGACUAUCCGUUAACAUUCUAGAUGCUAAUGCGGUAGCACACCGUUUUUUUGGUGCCGGUCCUCUCCGGUGAGUUGACAAAGAACUCCCAAAAAGUUGAUGAAGUCCUUCAAGCCACUCAUGAAAUCAUUACCGACCUUGUUACCAGAAAAAGCACCAUGCAGUUGUUGGAGAGCAUCUCCCCUGGGUUCCUCUACCUUGGGCAUUGAACUGCACUGGUGACCGGACCCUCGUGGCUGUCUCAUGCUCCUCAUUCUUUCAGUUAGCCCUGUGUCUAGAGCUAUUCUUUGCCUUCUGUGUGCCUCAUCAUAUGUUCAAAAUCCUCAGGUCCUUAAAGAGCCUUAACUUAUCAUAUGUAUAUCAAAAACAUUAGAAACAUAGAAAUAUGAAGCAGCCGCGGUGAUGUUUACAUGCUGCUGUGUUGGUAGAAACUGUAUGUGGUCAGGAUCAGAGGUAAGGGGCCAGCAUCCUUUGUGCAAUGCUGAGGUUAGUUUGAAUGGCAUUCUGCUGUUUCGCAUGGGAUAUUGGCAAUAUAUGAGGCCUGGUGCAUUUUUAUAGGUGUGUAUUCUUAAUAAAAGACGAUGCUGCUGAUCUUUUCCUUUUUUCCAUAGUCUCCUGAUGCCAUGUGGGACUGCUGUGCUGCAGGGGUACAGUGCAGUCUGUAUGUAGCUUGUAAACCAGUUUAGUAGUUUGUAGUACUUUGAAGGGAAGUGUACUGUAGGCUACUGGGUCUUGCUCAGAAUCAUGCAUCAAGAAACAUGUAAUAUACUGUUUUGUACACUUCAAAUCAUUUAUAUAAAAGAACCUUUCUAAAGAGAUGAUUUACUUGGUUUUUAUGUAAUAACUGUUUCAUACUGUAGCUAACUGUUGCUCAGCAUGACUGUACUUUGUCCUACUUUGUCCAUCUGCAAACCGCCCGAAUGGCUUUAGGAACAUGCAAGGUUCAUACAUCUGAUAGGUUUGUGUAUACCGUGUGUGUACCAUUAAAACUGAACCAUGAUCAGCCCCGUGUCUAUGCUUCUGUCUCAGUCAGCCCCACUGAGAUGUACUGGGCCUACUGUCCAUAUAUGCUCUACAUGAGGGUUUCCUCUGUUGCUGUUUGUUGUUUAUACUGUGUUAAUAAAGAUUAUUGAUUUAUACAACAA